UGUUUCUACGAAGCGAUGGAUUUAUUUUAAGUCACAUGGUUUGUAGAGAGGGAGGAACCUCGAUAUAAAACCAGUCUGAUUUCACUGUUCUCCACUUUGCUGCAGAACUACAACAGGAGGAGGAGGAGGAUGGCAGAGCGACGCAGACGCAGGAAAUCCUGGUGGUGGCCAUUCAUUGAGUCUGAACCUGAACCUGAACCUACGCCUUCUCCCACUUUUAAGGAACCCUGGAGGAAAAUAUCUUGGGGAGAGAAACAGAGGGAUCUUCAGUAUGUGCAGGAGUACAGGCCUGAAAACGGAGACAUUAAACAUCUGCGAAUUCUUCUGUACGGGCCUGUCGGAGGCGGAAAGUCCAGCUUCAUCAACUCUGUCAGCACCGUCAUGCGAGGCAGGACAACUAUUCCUGCUGCAGCCAGUGCAACCACCUCUGACACAAGCUUCACCAGACAAGAAUUCCUCAGAUGGCGAUCGUCACCAACAUCGACACAGCCUGUGGUGAAAUCGAAAAGGAUCUGAAGAACGUCUAUAAGAGCAAACACCUGAGGAAGAAGGUGA